GAGAGAGAGAGCAAGCGCAUGUGUGUGUGCUCCAGAAGCAAGGGGAGAGAAGCCAUCUCUCUCUCUCUCUCUCUCUCUCUCUCUAUCUCUCUCUUUUUUUCUCUCCCCUUUCCUCCGCCAGUCCCUCCGUCCGACCGCCAUCUCGCCCUCCCCAAGACCAGGCGAGCAUCCAACCCGGAGGGAGGGGAGGGGUUGGGUCGGCCUGUGUGUGUGAGAGUGCGGAGUGUGAGUGCGGAGUGUGAGUGUGUAAGUAGGGUGUGAGUGUGAGUGUGAGUGUAAUUGGGCUGUGAGUGUGUGUGCUGAGGGAAAGGGGGGUCAAGACGAGAGGUCCAGCUGAUGAAGAGCUCGAGUUUGCGCCCCCCCUCCCUUACGGAAAGCCCCGUCGGAAACCGGGGGGGCCCCCCCUGGCGAUGGCCGACCUCGCUGGAUCCAGGUGAGCUUUUCUGAUAAUGGAAGAGGCUGAAGUGUGAGGGGUGCAGCUUUCUUGGGGAUCAUCAGUGGAAUGAGAUCAGCGCCCCCCAGUGGCUGUCGGAAGUGCUCGCAGCUCUAAAGUGUUUCCUGGAGCCCCCCCCGACCCCGCUGCUCCCCGACCCGCCAUGCUUCAGGGUUGAGCCCCCUCCCACCCCCCCGGGCCCCUGAGCCCGGCUCCUGCGCCCUCUUCCUGGGCCGCGAAGCAUGGCCAUAGCGCCCGUGAGUGACAGCCCUCUCUCGGCCCCGCCCACCCUCCCAUGGAUCCCCCCGUCGCCCCCAGUUACCUGCGGAACUCCUCCGGCUCCGAGCCCUGGACGCCCCGCCCCACGCCGCGGCCGUCCAACCGCUCGAGCCCGUGGGCGCCGGAGGGCGGGGCCGCGUGGCCGCCGCUGGCGCUCGCCGCCAUGCUGCUGGUGGACGCGCUGGCGUUGCUGGGCAACGCGGCCGUCCUGGCGGUCAUCGCGCGGACGCCCCAGCUGCGGAGGCUGGCCUUCGUCUCCCACCUGUGCCUGGUGGACCUGCUGGCGGCGCUGGUGCUCAUGCCGCUGGGCAUGCUCUCCGGCCACGCCCCGCUCAGCGAGGCCUUCUGCCGCGCCUACCUGGGCCUCAGCGUGGGCCUGGUGGCCGCCUCCAUCCUCUCCAUCUCCGCCAUCAACGUGGAGCGCUACUACUACGUGGUGCACCCCAUGCGGCACCAGGCCAGGAUGACGCUGGGCCUGGCGCUGGGCGUGCUGGCGGGCAUCUGGCUCAAAUCCGCCGUCAUGUCCGCCCUCCCCCUGCUGGGCUGGGCCUUCCCGUGGGGCGGGGGGGCGGGGGGCGUGGCCAGGAGCUCCGCCCCCUCGCCGCAGGGCCACAGGCGCUGCUCCCUGCACUGGACGGGCGGGGUCGGGGGCGGAGUCGGGGGCGGGGUCGGCCGCGCGGCCUUCAUGGUCCUGUUCGCGCUGCUCUACUUCCUGUGCCCGCUGCUGGUCAUCCUGGUGGCGUACUGCGGCAUGUUCCGGGUGGCGCGCGUGGCGGCCCUGCACCCGGGGCCGCUGCCCACCUGGAUGGACACGCCCCGCCGCCCGCGCUCCCGCUCGCUCGGCAGCCUCUCCACCGCGGCCGCCAGCUCGGGGGAGGGGCCCCCAAACACCCCCCAGCGCAGCUUCGGCGGGGGCAAGGCGGCCGUGGUCCUGGCCGCGGUCGGGGGGCAGUUCCUGUGCUGCUGGCUGCCCUAUUUCUCCUUCCACCUCUACUCGGCCCUGGCCCCCUCCCCGCCCCCCUCCCUGGCCCAGCUGGAGGAGGCCGUCACCUGGAUCGGCUACUUCUGCUUCGCCUCCAACCCCUUCUUCUACGGCUGCCUGAACCGGCAGAUCCGCGAGGAGCUGGGGAGGGGCGUGGCCUGCCUGUUCCAGCGGGGUCGGGCCGCCGACGAGGACCGGCUCCCCAGCCGGGAGGCCUCCAUCGAGGAGAACUUCCUCCAGUUCCUCCAGGGCACCGGCUGCAACCAGGAGCCGCGGAGCUCCCGCGGCGCGCCGAGCCCCGAGGGGGAGCUCCGCCCCCCUGUCAAUCAACAGCCCCAGGCCCCUCCCCCGCGCCCGCCCACGCCCAUAGACUUCCACAUUCCCGGGCAGAUUCUGGAGGAGACCUCGGAGCUGAUGCAGCACCACCACCUGAACAGUGACCUCAUCGUAGAAGAAAGCUGCAUUCAGACACUGCCCCCUGCCGGACCGGAGGUGCAAUAAUGCCAACCGCAAAAUGAAGAGCGGGUUUGUGCUCGAUUAGGUCAGUUAAGGAAAAACUUUCACUCAACUGAUGACCUGAAAAAUCCUCAUCGAACAUUACUGCCCGCUUUUUCAGUUCAUGAAUUGAAUCUCAAAUAACUUGUUGAAUUUAUUAUGUUGGAAUGGAAUUGACGGCAAGUCAGUUUUUUUGUGUGCGCUGGUUCUUUUUGUAGCUGAUAUUGUGUGUGUUCAGUUCACCAAAGUCUGUUUGGGGGGGGGCAGAGAUUUGAAUGCCUUUGAGCUUAAGCUCAAGGUCAGUCAGGAGAGCUUGUGAUUCACUUCAGUGUUUUUCUCACGGUGUUUAAUCUGGUAUGAACAAAUCCAACCGACCAACCAAUUUCAGAGGCAUUCUGAUGAUUGUUAGUCUAUCGGUAUCCUUAAUUCUUUAACUUAUCGCGCUUUCUUUAGCUUUAGCAUCAGUUCACACCGACUGUGGUUUUGUAUCAGUAUGGUAGCUGAACACAAGGUCUGCUGUAAGGAAAGGAGAUGAAUGAUUCAGUGUCCCUCCUUAUGAAACAGGAGUCAGGAACAGCCAGAGGAACUUUCCUCUCUCGCCUCUUCUGUGACACCAAACAAAAAAAGAUUUGCAUUGCCCUUCCUUCGAAGAGGCCUUUUCAGAGGUAGGUAAAUGAGAGAGAAAACUCUUGGCAAUCCAAGGAAGCUUUAUUUGAAGAUACGGAGCAAAGUGCCGGCAUGGCUUUUCGCAGCGUUAGCUUUGCCCGAGUCGGCAGCGGGUUAGCGAUUAGCGCCUGAGCAACCGAGCUCAGCUAACGGAUAACGUUCUCACCCUCCUCUUUCCUUUACGAAAGCGCCGCGGCAAUGUUGCCUGUGAGCUGGAGGGGACCUUUCAGGGACUUUUGAACAUAAUUUCCCAUGUUAUUCCAUUCUUUGUGCCAACAAGGGUGUGACCAAGAUGGCUGACAUCCUCACCCAGAUUUCUGCUCUCUUGGAGAGCCACAGAGGGGUGUCUCAUCCUCUUUAAAAAGCACCCCAACCUGAUGACUCAGGUACGAGAUGAGAACCAGGCCAGCUCCCUCAGGGUACAGGGGUUAGGUAUCAUACGAGCAGAGUGGGGAGGAGAGCGUGUUUUAUCUGACGGGGGCUUCAUUCUGGAACAUUCGCUUCCGUCACAUUCCAAGAUGGAACUUUGAGCAGACUUGCUUGUU